AUGCCGCCUAAAGGAUGGAAGAAAGAUGCCCAAGGGAACUAUCCUACUACGUCCUACAUCAAAGAGCAAGAAAAGAUAACAAUUGAUGAUCUUCUCUUUCCUAAAGCGACAGUUGCUGCGUUGGCGAAGGAGGUAACUCUUGAUAGGAAUGAUGGGCCCAAUGAGGAAGAACAAAGUAAGGUAACCCUUUCAAAAGAUGCGGUAACUGCGCUGCAAAGAUCUGCUACCGUUUUCGUAAAUCACCUGCUCAUGUACACGCGUGAGUUAGCGCACAGCCAAGAUCGCAAGAGCUGUAAUGUGGAUGACGUUUUGGCGGCCUUAGAUGAAGUAGGAUUGGGAGGGUUGAAAGGAGUGGUGCGUUCAAAAUUAGACAAUUACCUGCAAGCAUUGGAACUACGUAAAGAAGAGAAAGCGUCUUCCAAAGACACUCCAGAAAACGCGCAAGACGGUGACGUUGAUGUCGACAACGAAGAUGAAGAUGAAGGUGAAGGUGAAGGUGAAGACGAGCAGGGUGUAGAAACGGAAGAUGACCAAACCGAUAACGAUGGUGAGGAAGAUACGAUGCCCAAAAAGCAGAAGAUGGAAAAUAACGCUAUGUAA